AUGACCGGCGCGUCCAUGACGAAGGCGCCAGAAGAGAUGAACAAGCGCUUCAGAGCGCGCUGCGAGGCCAAAGGUUUGGAAGAUGGAAACAAGAGCCUCGUCUUCGGACGGGCGAGAACCGCGGAUCAUGUCAAGAGUACCAGGGGUUGGGUGGGCUGGGUCGAGAGCGCGGAGCAGAAAGGCAGCGAUCAGCUUGCCGUAUGUUCCGGGGUCGUAGCCUUGCUCCCUGAUGCCGUAUUCCGAAAAGUUGAAACAGAGAUUCUUCGGUGUGACGAGCUGAUUGAGCUUCUUGGCCGGGAGUAG